AUGAGUCAGCCACCGACCGGGGGCGCUGCCCCUGCUGCAAUCUCAGCUUCGGUGGCCGCCGCCACCGAGGCUCGCCUGCACCCGGAGGGCAGCAGCCGAAAGCAGCAGCGAGCUCAGUCACCUGCGAGACCCCGGGACAAUUCCCUCCGACAGACAGCCGGGGCCACGCGGUCUCCCGUGGGGGCCGGCACAAAACUCAAUUCUGUCCGGCAGCAGCAGCUGCAGCUGCAACAGGGGAACAAGAACCCCAGCCGCGCGGCGCCGCCAGCCGGCUCCAGGACGGGCGGGGGCGGGGCGGAGAAGGCGACGCCCCUGGCGCCCAAAGGAGCCGCUCCGGGAGCUGUCCAGCCCGCGGCUGGUGCUGAAGCGGCCCCCGCCGCGACCCCGCCUUCUGCGGGCGGCAGGAGGACCGGGCCGCAGGAAGACUCACCCCGGGGGAUAGACUCAGUACCCUCCAAACUCGGGGAACCCCUUCCGCUCGGGGAAGGAGGAGGAGGGGGUGGGGAAGGGGGCGGAGCCGGCGGCGGCUCCCGGGAAAGGGAGGGGGGCGCUCCGCAGCUGCCGCCGCCCAGGGGCUGGCGAGGGAAAGGCGCCCGCGCUCCGCAGAGGGGCGGCAGCGGCGGGGAGGGGGGCUCCCCGUCUCCAUCCACCUCUGCCGGGAGCAAAACCCCGGGCCCCAGCGGGAGAAACUCCGGAAGCGGCGUGGCCGGGGGCGGCGGCGGGGGAGGGGGCUACUGGAAAGAAGGAUGUCUGCAGUCUGAGCUCAUCCAGUUCCAUCUCAAGAAGGAGCGCGCGGCGGCGGCGGCGGCGGCGGCGGCCGCGGCUCAGAUGCACACCAAGAACGGCGGCGGCGGCGGCAAUCGCGGCUCGCCGGUCGCUGGCUCCCCGGCCAUCUGUGAGCCCCUGACCGUCGUCCCUUCCUCCUCUCCAAUGGCGGCCGCGGCCGAGGGCCCCCCGCAGAACGCAGAGGGCAGCGCCAGCGGCGGAGCCAUGCAGGCGGCGGCGCCCCCUGCAUCGCAGCCGCAGCCGCAGCCGCUUCAGGAGCAAGAGGAGAUGCAAGAGGAGAUGGAGAAGCUGCGAGAGGAGAACGAGACGCUCAAGAACGAGAUUGAUGAGCUGAGAACCGAGAUGGACGAGAUGAGGGAUACUUUCUUCGAAGAGGAUGCCUGUCAGCUGCAGGAAAUGCGCCACGAGUUGGAGAGAGCCAACAAAAAUUGCCGGAUCCUGCAGUACCGCCUCCGCAAGGCCGAGCGCAAACGGCUCCGCUACGCGCAGACCGGGGAGAUCGACGGCGAGCUGCUGCGCAGCCUGGAGCAGGACCUCAAGGUAGCAAAGGAUGUAUCUGUGAGACUUCACCAUGAGUUGGAAAAUGUAGAAGAAAAGAGGACAACAACAGAAGAUGAAAAUGAGAAACUGAGGCAGCAGCUUAUAGAAGUUGAAAUUGCAAAACAAGCCUUACAGAAUGAACUAGAAAAAAUGAAAGAGUUAUCCUUAAAAAGAAGAGGAAGCAAAGACUUGCCAAAAUCUGAGAAAAAGACUCAACAGACUCCCACAGAGGAGGACAAUGAAGAUCUGAAAUGCCAGCUGCAGUUCGUGAAGGAAGAAGCUGCUUUGAUGCGAAAGAAAAUGGCCAAGAUUGAUAAAGAAAAGGACAGAUUCGAACACGAGCUGCAGAAGUACAGAUCUUUUUACGGCGAUCUGGACAGCCCUCUGCCCAAAGGGGAGGCCGGGGGACCUCCCAGCACCAGAGAGGCCGAGCUCAAACUACGGCUGAGGUUGGUGGAGGAAGAAGCCAACAUCCUGGGCCGGAAAAUCGUGGAACUGGAGGUGGAGAACCGAGGGCUGAAGGCCGAGCUGGACGACCUGCGGGGCGAUGACUUCAACGGCUCGGCCAACCCUCUGAUGAGGGAGCAGAGCGAGUCGCUGUCGGAGCUGCGGCAGCACCUGCAGCUGGUGGAGGACGAGACAGAGCUGCUGCGCCGGAACGUGGCCGACCUGGAGGAGCAGAACAAGCGCAUCACGGCCGAGCUGAACAAGUACAAGUACAAGUCCGGCAGCCACGACAGCGCGCGGCACCACGACAACAGCGCCAAGAGCGAGGCGCUGCAGGAGGAGCUGAAGGCGGCGCGCCUGCAGAUCAACGAGCUCAGCGGCAAGGUCAUGCAGCUGCAGUACGAGAACCGCGUGCUCAUGUCCAACAUGCAGCGCUACGACCUGGCCUCGCACCUGGGCAUCCGCGGCAGCCCCCGCGACAGCGACGCCGAGAGCGACGCGGGCAAGAAGGAGAGCGACGACGACUCCCGCCCGCCGCACCGCAAGCGCGAGGGGCCCAUCGGGGGCGAGAGCGACUCGGAGGAGGUGCGCAACAUCCGCUGCCUCACCCCUACCCGCUCCUUCUACCCCGCGCCCGGCGCCUGGCCCAAGAGCUUCUCCGAUCGGCAGCAGAUGAAGGACAUCCGCUCCGAGGCCGAACGCCUGGGCAAAACCAUCGACCGGCUCAUCGCCGACACGAGCACCAUCAUCACCGAGGCGCGCAUCUACGUGGCCAACGGGGACCUGUUCGGACUGAUGGAGGAGGAGGACGACGGCAGCCGCAUCCGCGAGCACGAGCUGCUCUACCGGAUCAACGCGCAGAUGAAGGCCUUCCGCAAGGAGCUGCAGACCUUCAUCGACCGCCUCGAGGUGCCCAAGUCCGCCGACGAGCGCGGCCCCGAGGAGCCCAUAUCCGUGAGUCAGAUGUUCCAGCCUAUCAUUUUGCUUAUUCUCAUUCUUGUAUUAUUUUCAUCGCUUUCGUACACAACAAUAUUUAAACUUGUCUUCCUUUUUACGCUGUUUUUUGUACUGUAAAUCUUUCAUCAUUUACCAUUCAUUGUAGUGUUUUCAGUUUGUUUUAUUUUGUUCAUCCUUCAAGACCAGAAGUAAAAGAAGUAUAAUUUCUGUAGUAAUCAAUGCU